CCCUACCCCGGGCGCGGCCGCUUCACCGCCCGAGUGUGUCCGUGCACCCGCGCGGCCACCGCCAUCGUUCCGCGGGCUCGCGAAAAUAAGUCCACUCCUUAUCCGCCGUCAAAAUCUUCUCCCGCGGACCCCACAAACCCUGCCCGCGCCCGUCAGAUGUUUGCCGGAACGAUCGUCGACUUCUUUUUUUAUUUUAUUAAAAUCGAAAGUUAUUUUAUGUUUUACUCCAGAGAAUGUGCGGACGAGGAGCAGCGAUCGUAGCGGAGUGGCACGGGGUGGGCCCGGUGACACGGUGACGGGGGCUGACGGGGCGACGGGGGCACCCCCAGGGACAGCGGCUUGUGGUAGUGACGUUCGGGAGCGGUUUCCCGUUGCGUCUCCACAGUGCACCACCUUGAGCAACACGAUGUUUGCGACCCAACAAAGAAGGAAACCUACCUUUUCAAUCUUACGUUUUCGCCAAACGUCAAAUAUUUGGCAACCGAAAAUUUAAACAAAUUAUUUGGCGAUGCUGCCGCCACUGCUGCUGCAUUGGCAUCGCUGAACAAGCACAAUUAAAUAAACAUUCAACACAGUCAAUAAUACUGACCGUCAAAAGAAAAAGUGUAUAAUCAAUCUAAAUUAACAUUUUAUUAGUUGAUUUGAUAUCUUGCUUCUCUCCCCCUCAAAUAUAACAUCUUGAAAGUCCCGCUCUUUAACGUUCGCGUGAAUUGUGGUUUUUCUAAUAAUUUUUCUAUCACGUUAUCAAAGUGUUUGUAGAUUCCUUUUGUGACUCAUCUACAAUCGCUAUUCGAAAAUGUUGAAGACAUUUAACCGUUAAUAAAGAUGUCUAAAAUUUAAUAAUUGCAAUAAUUUAAAUGGCAUUUGUAUACAAAUGCAUAUACAACAUGUAAUUGUUUUAAACAGCACGUACUUUUGAUUAAAUUGAAAUUUUAUUUGAAAUAUCUUGGCGUAAUUUUUUUUCUUCCAGAUGCAACUUUCUCAAUUUCCUUUAUUUGAUGGAAUCUUAACCCAAUAUUUAAUCAAAUUAGUUAAAUUGCAUUUACGAUGUAUCAGCCUCUUCAAUGGACAUACUCCAUUUAAAUAUAAUAAUCAAUAGCAACCCACAACAGAACACUAGCAGCAGCCACAUUGGUUGCAGCGAAUCCAGCAACAUCACUGACAACAGCAGCAGCAUUGUCAACAUUGACAAUUGCAUCUUCGGCAGUAUCGCUGCAGCAUCAGCGGCGGUGAAUGCAACAGAAGUGGCAGCAGCAGCACCAUCCGCCGCCAAUGCAACAGCAGAACUGUAACGGCAGCGAUAUCAGCAAUUGCAGCAGCAUUCGUCGUCAUCAUCGUCAGCAUCAACAAGUCGGACCGGCAUCGCAAACGGCAACAGUACUUUUAGCCACAAAAAAAUAUCAGUUACCGUCGACGGCAUUGACCCCAUUAACAAGCAGCAGCCUAAUGUCCAAUCGUUAACGGCAAUAGAAGCGGUGACGUCAAGGGAAACGUUCGCUGCGACGUCAGCCGUACCUCCGUUGUCCUCGAUGGUACGAGGGAGAGGAGCGACAACGAUGUCGGGGGAGGGGGUGCGGGGGAUGAGCGUGGAGAUGCUCGCGUCCAUGCUGGAGAGGGCGGUUCUUGGUGGCAAGGCGGACCCAAGCGGCCGCAGUUGUGGCGGCGGGGGCAUCGGCGCUUGCGAAUGCGGCGACGUUGGCGGCGCCGGCAUCGCUGACGACAACAGUAGCGGAGUUGACUUUUUUGGUGUGGGUGGCGGCGAUGAACCCAUUGCUGCCUACGGCGUUUUCGGCGGUGCCGGUGGUGGCGGCGGCGGCGGCGGCGACGAUCCUGCUGCUGACGGCAUUGAAAGUCCCGCUGACGUUGCCGAUGGUCAUGCCGAACACGUUGCCAAUCACGAAAAUAGCGUCGCUGGAAAUUGCGGCGGUGGCCCUGUCGUGCCAACCCUUCUCGUAAUCGACGGGCGAACGUUCGCCGAGUUCAACAGCUGCCACGUGCGGUCGGCGCUCAACGUGUGCUGCUCCAAGCUGGUGCAGCGGCGGCUGCAGCAGGACAAGGUGUCCGUGUUGGAGCUCGUGCAGCACGCGGCAACAAGCGGGUCUCAGGUGGAGGCCGGUGGGCCCGUCGUGGUGGUGGUGUACGACCAGCGCUCGCCAUCCGCUGCAUCGCUGCCGCCCCACGGCUUCGUGUCCGUGCUGCUGGGGAAGCUCCGUCGGACGUUCUCCGACGUCUACCUCCUCGAUGGUGGAUUUGCUGCAUUUCAGCUGCUGUUCCCGCAGCUGUGCGAGAACGCUAGCCGUGUGGACACUCGCACGCCACCUCUUGCGCUGCCCGUGUCCAGCCCUUCCCUGCAUCUUCGCGACACUGGUCCUACCUGCAUCUUGCCCUACCUCUACCUAGGCUCUCAGCGUGACGUCCUUAACAAGGAGGUGAUGCUGCAGAGCGGCAUCACGCACGUGCUGAACGCGAGCGUUGGCUGCCCGCGACCGGACUUCAUCCCCGAGGGGAACUUUCUGCGCGUGCCGGUGCACGACAGCUACUGCGAGAAGAUCCUGCCCUGGCUCGAUUGCACGGCAAACUUCAUCGAGGGCGUGCGUGCGCGCGGGAGCCGCGUGCUGGUCCACUGCCUCGCCGGGAUAUCGCGCUCGGCCACCGUUGCGAUCGCGUACGUCAUGCGCUGCAAGCGCCUCUCAUCGGACGACGCCUACAGGUUUGUAAAGGAGAAGCGCCCAUCGAUUUCUCCCAACUUCAACUUCCUGGGGCAGCUGCUGGAGUACGAGCGUGAGCUGGGCACAAACCUCCACGGCCAGCAGCAGCAGCAACAGCACCAGCAGCAGCAAGUACAUCAACAGCAGCAACAGCAACAUUCCUCACACACAUUGCACGGAACACAAUUUCAGCAUUAUCUACAACUGCACCAGCACCAGCAGCAGCAACAGAAACUCCACGGGCAGCUGCGGCAGCAAACGUCGCUCCAGACGCAGCUGCCGCACAGCGGGCAAAGCCCAUUGCCUUGUCAACAGCAGCAUCAGCAGAAGUCGGACCAAGAACCACGGUCAGCAGCGUCGACUUCGACUUGGCCAGGGCAGCUCGGUCAGCGGCCGGGCACGCCGGGCGCCUCGACGGCGACGGCACGGGGGGGGCGACGCGGACGCUGCAGGCGACGGCGCCGCUCCGUGCUCACGAUGCGAGUGGGGCGGGGAGGGGCAGCCAGCAGCGGCGGGGGCGGCGGCCCUCUGCCUCGACAUCCACUUGCCCGUGACCCCCUCGACAUUUGCGCAGCUGCAGCCGCAGAAGCGAAAGCAGCCGAAGGCGAAGCAUUUCUCGCCGGUCAUGGAGAACCCGGAUUCGCCACUGGAGAGGACAGAGGGCGACGAGCCCGGCGCGACACGCGCGUGAGCGCCCAGCCACUGAUGAGCAUGGGCACGGAAGCGCCGACGGGCGCGUGGGUGAAGAGACAAGCGGGCGCGCACGCGGAUAAGUGGAUGGCAGCGAACGAGCGAACGCGAGACUCCGCGGAGCCCCGGCUGCCGAGCGCCCCGAUCCAGAGGAGCUGCAGCGUGGAGGACUACCUCGCCACGGGGCUGCUGCUGGGUAUCACGUCCGGCGCGCACGGACAGCCGUGCCUCCACCAACAUUUCCUCCAGCACCGCUACUACUACCGCCAGCUCGGCCUGUGGGCCCACGCGCCGUCCGUGCCCUCGCUGACUGGGCCGUGGGAUCCCAAAGUGGAGCUUCGCCGGACGGACAAGGCUUUGGACGGCCGCGGAUCGCGCCGAAGCUGGCACGAGGAGACCCUCCUGGAGAAGCAGCGGCUUGCCCGGCGCAGCUGCCAGAUGGAGUUUGAGGGCUCGGCGUGCCUCUUCCUCGCCGCCGCCUCUUCCUCGUCCUCCUCCUCCUCCUCUACCUCCGCCCCCAGCUCCACCUCGCCGCUUUCCGCGCACGACCCUAUGCCCAAGCGCGCCAGCUUUUCCGGCAGCGCCGAGCUCGUCCAGGUGUCCUGAGGUUGGCGUCGGCUAAACUUUUCGUCCGCCCGUUUUCCCGCCCGUGUUGGUUCCCGAUUGGCCGCGCACCGUCGAUAAAAUCUGCGUUUUAGCGGGAUGCUUGGCCCCGAUCACCCCGCCGGCCUUCAGCUUCUCCCUCCUGCAAAUCCUGCUCGCGAAGUGGCGAGCGGACGGACUUGAAGCGUCCACGCGGGAGCGGCCGUCGAUCAGCCUGAGAACCUCGCAGCGACGGUUGGAGAGGAUCCACACGUUACCUUACUGCAUUGGGGGGCUGACCAUCCUUGAAUUCAUUUGCGUAUCCCGAGAUUUAAUAGCUGUGCCGUGACCGCAACGGUUGCCUUUGCACAAAAAACUCUGCUUGUACGGAUGGAACGUCACGGGAUCGGAGAUUACGUUUUUUCGGAAUUAGCCACUUGCUCUGAGCAUCUAGCGAUCGUUUGCUUUGUCUGUUCUGCACCGUCGUUUUGCGUGCCCCUGUGGGGAUGGGGGGGUGGAAAGGGGGGCGCUCUUCGGCUGUGUGCGGCUGCGUGCGGCUGCGUGUGGCU